ACAGAGAAAAUGGUGGUCCGGUUCGUAUAAUCUUAUGGGCACGAAAAUGGCGACUACUACGAGUAUAACGGUUGUCACAACGAUAUAAAUUUACGAUCAUCCUUCAAAGUUCAGUUGUGUUUGGAGGGGUCAGUUGUUCGGGUGCAAGUUGAACUUCUUGGAAGAUGGAGAGAUACGAUCGGCUGCUGCUGCUUCGGCGUUGUAUUAAUUUUUUUCUUAUUUUCUUUUUUUCUCUUUUUCUCUUUUUCAUUUUCCUUUUUUUUUCUUUUGUACACGGCGGGGAUUUUUUCCAUCUUACUCUGCCGCUGCUACUACUGCUGCUCCUUGAUUUCUGCGCACCCUACGUUCUGUAUUUUUCCUUUCUUUUCCCUGUGUUGGUAGUUGUUCGAGUGGCGGCACAUGUCACCUGGCUGGUUAUCCAUCCACCUUGACGUAUCUUUUCUCACCGUGUAUUUUCCUGUCCAACUCUCUCCCUGGCGUUUUGUCUUUGAGGUCCUCGGGGUUCAGUUCGGUUCAUCUAGCUUUGAUAGUGGUUACUUUAUCUUCUUUCCGUUCGUUCGUCUCUCUCUCUCUCUCUCUCUCUCUCUCGCAAGUGAACUUGGCUGGGUACCGGUACGGGUUAAUUCUUUUCUGGGUGGGGAAUUUGAUUUUUUGGUUUUUGGUUUUUUAUUUUUGCCGUAUCUUUUGUCGGUUUUUUUUAUUUACUCACUCAACCAUCCAUCCAUCCAUCCAUCCAUCCAUCCAUAUGUGCCCGCAGCCGCGCUCCUACAUGGGCUCCUAACAUGGGCUACCUCUUUUUUUGUGAUCGAUCGUCCCUGUGCAUUUUGCCCCGAGUGCAGUGCUGUUUUGCUUCCUUUUCGGUUUGGUUUUGCUUGGGGGGGGGGGGGGGGGGCGGCCGCGCAGGUUGGCCGUACCUAUCUCUCCUUCCCGUGUCUUGUCCCGCCCUGAUGGAUCCUUUGUAUGGUUGGUUGAUGCUCGGUCGUAGGC